AUGAGUGCACUCUCUCGCUUCCAUCACUCAUGGAAGACACUAAUCCUCGCGACCCAACUCAGCCAAACACUCCAACAAAUCAAAUCAUCCCACGCGUCAUUCAUCAUCCACAACCUCCAUCGCAACACCUACGCCGUAAGCAAACUCCUCACCUCUCUUCUCCACCUCCCAAACCCAAACAAACACUCCCCUUACGCUUCCCUCAUCUUCUCUUCAAUUCAAUCUCGCAACACAUUCGUCUACGACACAAUGAUACGAAUCUCCGCACGAACCUCUAGUCCUCACUUAGGUGUACAUUAUUUCAAACUAAUGAUGUCCGAAGAGAAUGACGUGGAUGAGAUAGCUCCGAGUUACCUCACGUUUCAUUUCUUGCUUGUUGCGUGUCUGAACGCUUCUCUGUUCGUCACGUGUAAGCAAGUCCACUCCUUUGUGGUUAAAAACGGUGUCUUUGCAUCGGACGGUCAUGUACAGACGGGAAUCUUGAGGGUUUAUGUGGAGGAUGGGAGUUUGGUAGAUGCGCGGAAGGUGUUUGAUGAAAUUACUGACCCGGAUGUUGUGAAAUGGGAUGUUUUGAUUAACGGGUAUGUUAAAUCCGGGUUGGGGUCUGAGGGUUUGGUUGUGUUUAGGGAGAUGUUAGGUAGAGGGAUAGAGCCUGAUAAGUUUUUGGUUACUACGGCUUUAACGGCUUGUGCACAAGGUGGAGGGAUAAGUCAGGGGAAGUGGAUUCAUGAGGUUUUGAUGAAGAAGAGGGGGAGAUGGGUUGAGUGUGAUGUGUUUGUAGGGACGGCGCUUGUUGAUAUGUAUGUUAAGUGUGGUUGUUUAGAGACGGGUGUGGAGGUUUUUGAGGGGUUGAGUAAGAGGAAUGUGUUCUCAUGGGGGGUUUUGAUUGGUGGAUACGCGGCGUAUGGUUAUGGUGAGGAAGCUGUUACGUGUUUGGAGAGGAUGGAGAGAGAAGAUGGUGUUAAGCCUGAUAGUGUUGUACUUCUUGCGGUUUUAGCUGCUUGUGCUCAUGGAGGGCUUCUUGAAGAAGGAAGAAGAGUUUUUGAUAAUAUGGAAGAUCGAUAUGGGAUCACUCCGAAGCAUGAGCAUUAUAGUUGUGUAGUGGAUCUGAUGUGUAGAGCUGGGAGAUUUGAUGAGGCGGUUGGUGUUAUUGAAGAAAUGCCUAUGAAACCGCUUGCGUCUGUAUGGGGUGCGUUGCUGAAUGGUUGUCGGACUCAUAAGAAUGUUGAGCUAGGAGAGCUAGCUGUUAAGAAUCUUCUUGAGUUGGAGAAAGGUAAUGCUGAUGAAGAGGAAGCAGCUCUUGUUCAACUAUCUAGUAUUUACAUGACUGCUCAGAGAAACGGCGAGGCAUCUAAAAUUCGUCAGAUGAUAGGUCGGAAGGGAAUAAGAAAGGCGCCAGGAUGCAGUGAGUUAGAGGUUGAUGGAAAUGUUACGAGAUUUGUCUCGGGAGAUGUGUCACACCCAAAUCUGUUGCAAAUUCAUAUCAUGAUUCAUCUCCUAUCGGUUGAUGCCUUGCAGAUUCUGUAGUAUUCACUCAACAGGCUGGAAAUAUUAUGAGAGGGCGCUUUUGAGUUCUCUCGUUUCUACAGAUUGUCUUUUAAGCAUAUCGAACCCUCAACACACACAUGAGGCUUGUUCAAAGGCUAUUUUGGAAUGGAGAUAAGAGUACAUAUGAAGGACCGUGAUGAGCUUCUGAACAUGCUGCAGUUCUAUGUCCUAGUAAAGGGAAACAUUGGACUCCCCGAAGCAGGAGCUGCAAACUUAAGCAAGGCCAUAAAAAACGAGUAUCUCAACUCAAUCUUCACAAGUAGUUUCAGCUGAAAAUUGCAUGGCCUUUGGGCAGACCUAUUAGCGCCAUCUAGAGACUAGAGAGAUUUCAGACUCUUGAAUGUGAAAAAUCUGAAUACAUGAUGUAACCGGUGAUUGAUAAGGACAUGUGUUUAGUCUUCGCUUAUGAACACCGGCUGGCCAGGUACCCUCUCGUCUUUCUUAACAGCUGCUGCCUAGAGUUAUGUUGUGCUCCUUAAGAAACUUUGUCUUGACUUGUAAAAACCUGAUGUUUAACAAAUUUAAGAUCUCUUUUAACAAUUUCACUCAAAAUAUGAUUUGGUUUCAUUUAGCAUCUCACUUGUAAGAAAAGAAGCUUAUAGACAAGAAAUA